AAGUUCUGCUAAAAGAUGGCAGCCCCCACCCGACUUCAACUUCCGGUCGAGUUCCUUGCCCCUUGGUUUGUAGACGCCGCGCACGCGCAGUCCUCAAACGGAAGGCUCUUCAUUCCAGAGCGGAAGUCCUUCGUUCUUUUUCUACCACAGUCUGCCAUCAUGGUGUUUAAGCGCUUUGUCGAGAUCGGCCGCGUUGCCUUCGUUGCAUUCGGACCCUACGAGGGCAAACUGGUGGCAAUUGUAGAUGUCAUUGACCAAAACAGGGCAUUGGUAGAUGGCCCAUGCACUGGAGUCAAGAGACAAGCUUUGCCAUUCAAGUGCUUGCAGCUCACUGACUACGUCAUCAAAGUACCUCACAGCGCCCGUCAGAAGUACGUGAGGCGCGCCUGGGAAAAGGCUGAGAUCAACAAGAAGUGGGAAGAAAGCAGCUGGGCCAAGAAGAUUGAGGCCAGAAAGAAGAGGGCUGCAAUGUCUGACUUUGACCGCUUCAAGGUGAUGAAGGCCAAGAAAAUGAGGAACAAGAUCAUUAAGCAUGAGUUGAAGAAGCUCCAGAAAGCUGCAACACAAAAGAAAGCAUGAACCAUCUUAAAUAAACGUGUUUGACUUGUAAACUCGUAAA